AUGAAUGAUCCAAAUAUUGCAACAGACUUACCUGGUAACAUUGCAGUUAAUAAUAAUGAAAUUGACCUAGAAAGUUUUUUUGAAGCAGCACAUUGCAGUAGUAUAGAUGUUGAGAUCUUGAAUAAAAAUAUUGAAGCUAUUACAAUUGUAAAUAAUCAACAACUAUUUGAUGAUUUUGAUCAAGCUAAAAAACAUAUAUGGAACUAUGCUAAAUAUAAAG